AUGGCCAGAAACCAUUUUUUGAAGGAUUUAUCCGUCUUACCUGAGGACGUACUCAUAGAAAACGAAAGAGGGAUAACCUUACUUGGCUACCCACUAUUUUCUCCCAAGAUUUUGCUGCCGCCGUUUGACCCGCCACAAUUUCAAAGGCUGAACACUGAAAAUGGUUCGCUGAUUCCGCUGUCGAAAAACACCAUAUCCAACUUUAUAGAACUCUAUCCUAUUGAUCUAACCACCGAGCGCAUUGCGGGCAACGGCAAUUCACAAAUGACAAAAUGGUUCGUUUUGAUGGAUUACAAAGAAAAAUACGAUAUUGAUGACCAAGGAUGGUGUUACAGUUGGAAUUUUAACAAUCCCAGGUGGAAGUCAAAAAACGGGCUGGUAAGAAGAAGAGUCUGGGUGAGACUGCCUAUUGCUAGCCAUGCAUUAGAUUAA